AUGUCAUCCCGUCAUCGGCGAACGAGACGUACAAAUGCCCCGGAAGAAGACUGCAACUGCCCAAACAUAUCACCGGCGGAAAUGAACACCCACAGGAAGCAAUAUCAUCAACAGCAAGUAACACUUACAUUUCGCGAUGGCUCCAAACUCGAUGUUGUGGUGGAACGGAUCUCUCCCCCGGACCAAGUAUUUGUGACAUGCCCAGAGUGUACAAGACGCUUGCGCAUCAUGUCUGUGCAUACCCAUUUCCGAAGAUUCUGCCAAAAACGCCUUGAUCCUGCCACCGUUGCUCAUCUUCCAAAAUAUAAUCCUCCACCUUCUUCGACGAUGCAUCCAACUACAACACAGCAGCGUGGCGAGCCGCGUUUGCAGGAAACUCGCUCCAUGUCACCACGGCAAACAGUUACAUCAAGACGUGAAAUGCCACGCAACCGCACGCCAGUUCAGCCUCCUUCGCCAUCACCCAUGUUGAAUCCGUCACCACCAUUGCCCUCAUCGCCUUCUUCUUCUUUGAUGUCAUUGCUUCCACCAUCCCAAGAGCCGACCGUGGACCAAGAGCGUGCCAACCUGAUUACUCGUUUGGGUCUCACCAUCGAUGAGAGUAGCGGACUCCUUUUUUGCUCGAAUGGUUGCCGUGAUCGCCAAUACGUAUUUGUCAAGACGGAUGAAGCAUACCAGCAUAUCAUCACAGCCCAUCGUGCACUACGACGGCAUGUAGAAGCGGUUUCUGAGCACGAAUUUACUGAACUUUUAUAUCGCCUUGGUUCCCAACGUUCUGAUGUAACCGACCGAUACUCUGUUGCCGCUUCUCGUGUCAGGGAUAUGAUUCCUCGUGUCAAUCUACUCGACCCACCUGUGCCAGGAUAUAGAUGCAAUGAUUGUCCUAGCUAUUUCCAGGAGUACACAUCAUGUCGAUCCCAUCGUUCUACUCAUCACGGUGAUAGUGAUGUGACGCUCAAUGCGUUGUUUGCAAGAUGUAUGGUGCAAAGACUCGGUCCAAGCCAGAAUAUGCCAUAUUUCGGUCACGAGGGUAUCAUGAAGCAUUAUGGUGUGCAGAACUUGGACCGCCCGGCACAUUUGGCAGAGCGUCGCGCUAUUGGCCGUUUUCACGAAACUAUGCGCUGGGACAUGCUGGUGAGAAGAGUUUUGACCGAAGAAGAUACGACCGAUAGCCGCUCCCGACUUGCUAGUUGGAUAUCUCUUCCUGAAGUAUCGAACAAGAUUGGCCUCUCCAUUGUCGCUGCUGUGACGAAGUACAUGAAAGUUGUUGACAAAGCAACUCGUGGUGCGUCAUAUUAUCUUGAGCGUCGCAUGGUGAUGGGACUAAGUGUCGAUGAUGUCCCAACCCGUGGUCUGACUGAGCUGCUCCAGCAAUCCCAUGGAAGGACGUACAAUGGUCGAUGUGAACUAGACGACGAUGUUGUAGUGAAAGAAUUCAAGGAGGUGUAUGCCGAGUACAGUUUCAUUAUUACAUUCACAAAGGACACUGUUGACGCUCCUAGUGACCUUGCCAUCCCGCGAACAACAGCAACUUUCUGGUACGAUCUAUUGGAGUUCCGACUUCGUUCAUCCAUGGAUAACUAUGUGAUUGCUGAUAUAGAGCCAAUGGAGGAUGUGGGUAUCGGGAGAAGCUCCAAAUCAGGGCGUCUUACGGACGAUAUGAUGAAGAAUGUCAGUAUUUGGCUUCGAGAUAGGUAG